UGACGUCAUAGGAAGGCGCCGUAGACCCAGAGGCCGCAGGGACUACACGUGGGCUCCAAGUUGAAAACUUUCGGGCUGGGCCAUGGAUACACCACUUAGACGCAGCCGGCGACUCGGGGGCCUAAACCCUGAGUCCACCGGGCGCCUCACGUCACUUUCGCAGGUGAGACGGGCCCUUGUGGAGGUCGAGUCGAACGGAGGAGAAACGAGGGAGCCUGAGUCUCUUCAGGGUGUGCUGCAGCCCGGCCCAUCGUCUCCUCGACUUCGGCAGGAGACGAGCCCGGGAUCACCCAGUCCGCGGCAGGAUGCGGGCUUGGGGCGGCCAGAGCCUGGCCCACAGUCACCCCCGCGUCAGCAAGAGGCAGGCCUGGAAUCUCCUCGAAGACAGCCGGAGUUGAAUCCUGAACCCCCCCAGCGUCAGCCAAAGCCAUGUGGGAAAGCACCAGGGUUCCCCCAGGGCCAAGGAGAGCUGGACUUGACCUUGGCCCGGAGUAGGGAGGACCUGACCCCGGGGUCUUCCCAGCCGCAGCUGGGCCCAGAAUCACCAGAGCCGCACCCUGGUCAGCAGGCGCCGGGUCCGGAGCCCUCGCGGCCACUGCAGGAGCGGUUACCGCAGGCGCCCGGCUCCCCCCGCGGCCAGCGUGAGCCAAGCCAGCCCCCUGCGGCCGGGGAGACGCAGACAGCCGGCCCCUGGGGAAAGAAGCAGCACGGUUCCUCCGCCCAGGGCCCAGCGUCCAAGAAGCUGAAGAAGGAGCAGAUCCCCGUCAUCCCGAAGGGGAAGCCGAAAUCCGGACGGGUGUGGAAGGACCGCUCCAAGAAGAGGUUCUCCCAGAUGGUUCAGGACAAGCCCCUGCGCACCUCCUGGCAGCGCAAGAUGAAGGAGCGGCAGGAGAGGAAGCUGACCAAGGAGUUUGCCCGGCACCUGGAGGAGGAGAAGGAGCAGCGUCGCCAGGAGAAGAAACAGCGCCGGGCUGAGAACCUGAAGCGGCGCCUGGAGAAUGAGCGGAAGGCAGAGGUCGUCCAAGUGAUCCGAAACCCGGCCAAGCUCAAGCGGGCAAAGAAGAAGCAGCUGCGCUCCAUUGAGAAGCGGGACACCCUGGCCCUGCUGCAGAAGCAGCCGCCGCAGCGGCCAGCCGCCAAGGUCUGAGCUCAGCACAGCCGGGCUCUCCACGGCCAACAAGCGCGUCAGCUCCUGCAGUCUCGAGCCUCUGCCGGAGCUGGCAUCCAGCUCUGUGGCCCCAGACCUGGGACCACCCUAGAUGGGGCUUCUGGGCCUCUUGGGCUCAGCCCUGAAGGGUCCUGGCACCUGGCAGAGACUGGGAGGAGGGAAGAGGUCGGCUACUCCCUCCCUUAUCCCUCCUUCUCCAAGUGCCUUCAGACCAAGAGCAGGAAGUUCUUCUGGUUCCUCAGUAUGCUGUGUAUGUCCAUCUCCGGGGCCUGGAGGCCAGCAGUCAGGACUCCCAGAUCUGUCCCCCCAUCUCCGUGCUUUCCCAAAGGCUGCUGUGGCCACCUCCACAGCCCAGUGACCCCGGCUCCGCCCCACUUUCCAACACUGAAAGAUGAAAGUGGGGAGGUUCAGGGAGCCAGGCUUCUCGUGCCAGGCCCUGCAGAAGCCCCAAGAAUCUAAUCCGUGCUGGUCCAGUCUGUGACAGAGACAGGUACUGAACGGGUGUUGUGCCCAGGCCUGAGCUAGGCACCCGGGAAUACAGUCAACAGACCACGUCGAGGAGUUUUCAUUCUGAUGGAGAAAUGUAAUAAACAAGUGGAAUACA